UGCUUGUUUUCAAUCUGACAGGCCAUGCAGCAGCAGCAGCCCUUUGACUCAUCACUGGAGAAGCCACAGUUCCCUGGAGCAUCAGCCGAGUUUGUGGAUCAGCUUGAGUUCAUCCAGCCCAAUGUCAUCUCUGGGAUCCCAGUGUAUCGGGUGAUGGACAGGCAGGGCAAUAUCAUCAACCCCUCUCAAGACCCCCAGCUCUCCAAAGAGACAGUUUUGAACUUCUAUCAGAAGAUGACUCUGCUGAACACAAUGGACCGCAUUCUUUAUGAGUCACAGAGACAGGGCCGGAUUUCCUUCUACAUGACCAACUAUGGCGAGGAGGGGACACACAUUGGUAGUGCUGCUGCUCUGGACUCAAACGACCUGGUGUUUGGUCAAUACAGAGAAGCUGGAGUGCUGAUGUAUCGUGGUUUUCCUCUGGAUUUGUUCAUGGCUCAGUGUUACGCCAACGCUGAUGACCUCGGAAAGGGCCGUCAGAUGCCUGUCCACUAUGGCUCCAGAGAUCUGAACUUUGUCACCAUCUGGCCACUCAGAUUCCUCAGUGAGCUGUCCAUCUGUGUGUUGUGAAUAGGCGGGUGAAGC